UUGAGUAAGGUACAAAAAUCGCUCAAUUCAAAUAGCGCUUUCAUCGAAAUAAACGGCACUGAACAAUUAUACGUCGCUUUGGGUAUCGAAAGCCUCUCAAGCUGCAAUUCCCAAUUCAGAAACCGGUCUAGAAUCAACUGAAAGAAUCACCAUGAGCGAGGUAUUUGAAGGGUACGAACGCCAGUAUUGCGAGAUUUCUGCGAAUUUAUCGAAGAAGCUGACGUCGGCCAGUCUACUUGACGGAGAGCAGAAGAAGCAAAAAAUCUCUGAAGUAAAAACUGGAGUAGAUGAUGCUGAAGCUCUGAUUCGGAAAAUGGACCUUGAGGCCCGUGGCUUGCAGCCAAAUGUUAAAGCGGUGCUGCUUGCUAAACUAAGAGAAUAUAAGUCUGAUCUUAACAAUUUAAAAAGUGAAAUGAAGCGAAUUUCAUCAGCAAGCCUAAACCAGGCUGCCCUUAAUUUAUUUUUUUUUUUUUUUUUUUGCUUGGAGGGAAAUAUUAUUAUUAAGAAUUGUAAAUGCUUGUUGGUAUCGGCUAAUCAGAGAGACAGAUUGUUAGUGUCAACUGAAAGAGUAAACAAGUCGAGUGAUAGGAUUCAAGAAAGUAGAAAGGUCAUGCUGGAGACAGAGGAUCUUGGCGUCGCACUUCUUCAAGAUUUGCACCAACAGCGGCAGUCUCUCUCACAUGCAAAUAACACGCUGCAUGGUGUGGAUGACAACGUAAGCAGGAGCAAGAGAAUUAUAACUUCCAUGUCAAGGAGGAUGAACAGAAACAAGUGGAUUAUUGGUGCUGUAAUUACAGUUCUAGUCAUUGCUAUUAUUGUGAUUUUGUAUUUUAAACUUUCGAAGUAACCAGGUCUGUUUUGAGAUGUAGUGAAGUACAAGAGCUUGUUAUUUACUCAUCUCCAUAUCUUACUUUCUGUGAGUUUAAAAGACGUUGUUCUGUACGAUGUACAUGAGCUGUAGGUUUGAAACAUAUUUGUGAUCUUAAUGGUCGAAUAUUAAAUGUAAUUUGGGAUUACCUUGUAAAAUCUUGGACAUGGGGUUUUUGAAUA